AACCCUACAAUAUUUUACAAUAAUAUUUUAUUUGGUGGUUGACUCACGCCAGCGCAUAGUCGCUUGGCUAUUUAAAAUUAAUUUAUUUUUAAUACAUUAAGGCAAAAUGCAGAAGUUGUUAUUGUUAAUGUUUUUGGCCCAUCAGGCAUCAGGUGUUAUAUACUCGUUAAAUUUAACGGAGUACUACAGAAUGCCGGAGUUGCACGAAAUGGAUGACUACGACCGCUGUCUGGUGGCACCUAAAGGACUGUAUUGCGUCCUAGAUGCAGAUUUGUACCCUGGGGAAAACCCGGACCUUAUGCGAAUGCUACAGGAAUACUCUGCUAGUACGAAGAAGCAUUACAAUCACACACAAAUACACAGAGCAAUAUGUGUCACAAAAACUUGUGAGGAUUUCACACAGGGCAGAUACUUGGAAAACCCUAAAGACCUAAAGUUGGUCCUUGAGGAAUGCGUGAAUGCAUCCAUAUGGCGAACACACAAGUUGACCGCCAAAGUAACGAAUAUUUCAACAUGCAAGAAAAAUGGCGCAAAAAGGCAUUUCACCGCCGGAGAUUACAUAAUGGCAGGCGUUUACAUGACUCUCAUAAUAGUCAACGUGCUGGGGACGUGGCACGACUUCAUCCAAGACGACACAUCAGGGAACCCGUACUUACUGGCGUUCUCCAUCCGACGGAACUGGCGCAAACUGACCGCUGUCGGGUUCGAGGGGCCCGACCACAGACUGCGGAGGCUUCGAGUCUUCAAUGGACUACGAACCCUGACGAUAUUCGGAGUGUUCACGACCCACACAGCAUUAGUGAUGGCGUUUUCCUUCUUAAAAAACCCUCUCUAUUUCGAAGUGGCCUACGAAGACCCCUUCAAAGUCCUGCUCGUGAACGGCGACGUGGUCACGUAUACGUUCUUCGUGAUGUCCGGCUUCCUGGUGGCGUUCAACCUGGAGCUGCUGGCAGAGAAGACUAAGAUCACUAUCUGGGCAUGGCCCAAGGCUAUUGUGUUGCGUUGGCUGAGAUUGACCCCCGUGAUGGCGAUAGUGCUGUUCACGGUGAUGACCAUCAACCGCCACCUGGCGGACGGUCCGCAAUGGGACUUAGUGGUCAUCUCCGAGGCCGAAGCCUGCUGGCAGUACUGGUGGGCGCAUCUGCUGUAUAUCAACAACUAUAUAUAUGACAACUCGCACUGCUUGCCACAAACUUGGUACUUAGCAGCUGAUUUUCAGCUAUGCGCACUAGGUGUGCUAGUAUGCGUGGUGUUCCGCCGUCCGCGCUAUCAGGCCAUGGUACUAGCUGUUUUGGGAGUGCUCGCGCUGGUUAUGCCAGCGGCUCACACCUAUUUUCAGGACUUGGAUGCGGUGGUCUAUCAGACUCCAGAAUUAUACCGUAGCCUCUACAAGACGUACGACACGUUCCGGAUCAUGUACGUGCGCGCGCACACCAACAUGUUCACCUACAUCCUCGGCAUGGCCUGCGGGCUGCUCGCAAUACAUUGGUUCAAGAACGAGAAAGUCGUCUCUGAAAGAUUUCAGAAAUACGGCUGGGUGAUCUGGCUGACGCUCCCGAUCGUGCUCUUCAACGUAUACUCGGGCUCCUUCUUCUACGCGGACGGCUACCAGCCCUCGACGGCGCUGAGGGUGCUGUACGCCACGCUGCGGAAGCCGCUGUUCCAAGUCUUCACCUUCAUAUUCAUCAUGGGAUCCAUCUUCAAGGCUGAGGGUAUGUUAUAUCUACUGCGCGGACGGCUACCAGCCCUUCACGGCGCUGAGGGUGCUCCCUUGACGGCGCUGAGGGUGCUGUACGCCACGCUGCGGAAGCCGCUGUUCCAAGUCUUCACCUCCAUAUUCAUCAUGGGAUCCAUCUUCAAGGCUGAAGGUAUGUUAUAUCUACUGCGCGGACGGCUACCAGCCCUCGACGGCGCUGAGGGUGCUCCCUUGACGGCGCUGAGGGUGCUGUACGCCACGCUGCGGAAGCCGCUGUUCCAAGUCUUCACCUCCAUAUUCAUCAUGGGAUCCAUCUUCAAGGCUGAAGGUAUGUUAUAUCUACUGCGCGGACGGCUACCAGCCCUCGACGGCGCUGAGGGUGCUCCCUCGACGGCGCUGAGGGUGCUGUACGCCACGCUACGGAAGCCGCUGUUCCAAGUCUUCACCUUCAUAUUCAUCAUGGGAUCCAUCUUCAAGGCUGAAGGUAUAUUAUAUCUACUGCGCGGACGGCUACCAGCCCUCGACGGCGCUGAGGGUGCUGUACGCCGGGCUACGGAAGCCGCUGUUCCAAGUCUUCACCUUCAUAUUCAUCAUGGGAUCCAUCUUCAAGGCUGA